AUGGUUCUUGAUCCUCUUCAACCUCUUCUUGAGGUGAAGGUUUCUCUUCAAGCGCCACAGAUGGUGGAGGGAGAAGUCUGCAUCAUUUUUUCUAAGGAAGAACUUGAUCGAUAUGCCUUACCGUUUCAGUUCUCCUUGGUGUUGAAAUUUCUACGGCAACGACCUUCAUUGGAUACCAUCCGGUCGUUUAUCCGAGCAAGAUGGGGUCUGAGUAAGCAACCAAUUGUAUAUUCUAUGCUAAAACCUAGAAAUGUCUUUGUGCGUAUGACAAUUGAGGAAGAUUUUGUAAAGGCAUUUGCUAGGAAAAGUUGUGAAAUUGAUGGCUUUUCUUAUCGGCCUUUUCACUGGACUAUUGAUUAUCAUGAGGAACUAGAACCUGUGAGGGUCCUUGUGUGGUUAAAACUUCUAGGUUUGCCACCGAUUUUUUAUCAUGAGGAUCUUCUGAGAAAUAUUACGUUGCCGAUUGGAAGGUUCCUUAAGAGAGAUAAUUCUACCAGAUGCGCGACGAGGACGGAUGGGGCACGUGUUUGUGUGGAGAUGGAUGUUUCGAAAGAUCUGCUCAAGGCUUUAUGGAUUGGUACUCCUCAUCAUCCUCUCAGUUUUUUAUCACGAAGUGGAAUUUGA